UGCAAACAUUGUGCUGCCACAGGAGGAAAAAAAAAUCUUUGCCGGCGGCCGGAGGUAAUCAUUGUGUCGAAAUUCUGUUUCCUGCUGUCGUAAUAUACGUAUACUAUUCCACAUUGAAAUUUCCAUCGGUGUGAAAGCUGACGUCGCUGUAAAGGGUCUAUCCUGAUUAGAAGAGAUGACAGAAGUCUGACAGUUGACUCAUCCACCUGGUCCUCAAAGUACCGUAUCGCGCGCGCGGAUGAGACUGUUCCCAACGGCAAAUGUCACGUAGCGACGUUGGGACAUUAAUAACAAAGAGAAUGCCGAGCGAAAGCCAAGAAUUCAACAUUCCAGUGCCCUAUGGUCACCUAGCUGCCAAGGCCUGGGGGGAUCCAGCAUCAGCGAGCAACAACGUCCUCGCGCUUCAUGGCUGGAGAAAUAAUGCGGGCACUUUUGACAACUUGGCGCCACUGCUUUCUGAAGACCUCUACAUUGUGGCAGUGGACCUCUCAGGACAUGGGCUCUCCUCUCACAAGCCAUUGGGCUGCAGCUACAACUACAUCGAGUACGUCAUGGACGUGUGUCGGAUCGUGGACAUCCUCAAGUGGCAGAAGUUCAGCAUCAUCGGACACAGCUUUGGCUGCUGUGUCGGAAUGAUGUACGCCAGCAUGUACACAAACAGAGUUGAAUGCAUUAUCGCCCUAGACUUGUAUUCUCCGUUACAUGUACAGGACAAGAACAUAGCGAGGUACACUUCCGAGAGCAUACGGAAGGUUCUGAGCAUUGAAGAGAAGUUGGGCUUUCCUCCUACUUACCUCGAGGAUGAAUUGAUAGAUAAGUUAGACGCCGCAACAUUCGGUAAAUUAACGGAGUCUUCUAAGAGAACUCUGUUGAAACGUGACCUCACACCUGUCGGGGCUGGGAAGGUGACCCUGAAUCCCGAUCCGCGGACCAAGAUAAUCAGUACAAUCCACUUUAACCUGAGCUUCCAGUACGCACUCAUGGAGCACUACACCGGAGACCUGCUCAUGGUAACGGCAUCCGAAAUCGAUCCGAGAAUUAUGCGGGAAAGCAUGGACGCCUUCUUUGAUCUCUACAGCAAGAAGUGUCGGAGGUUUAAGCAUGUCGAAGUCGAAGGCAACCAUUUUGUUCAUUUGAACAAUGCAGAGAGAGUAGCUCCAGUUGUGAAUGCUUUCCUUCAAGAGAUGGAGUAUAAUUCAUGAUGCGCACUGCAGUUAUAAGCAACAGAAUAGUAAGUUAGUAUGCUGUACUCUAGGCAGUAGUCUCCAUCGGCAUUUUAGUUGAGCUCCACGCUUUUUAGCACAAUGUGGUGUGGAACAAAUUUAUUCCGAGAGAGUGCUCUAAUUGGGUGUCGGAAAUGCGUCUUAUUUAAUUGAAAAAUGCACUCGAGCUUUUACCGUAAAAUACAGGUAUAAUGCAGGUGAUGUCUCGCUUGAUGAAUCAGUUUUGAGUCAUAUAAACAAUCCUCGUGACCAAGUAUACAACAGCUAGCUACUAUGUUGUAGUAGCUCUAUGGCUACACAACACACCUGUCUUUUUUUUUAGACACAAAGCUCGAUCAUGUAGACUGCUAGGAACCUAGCAAUAUAUGGAUAUACCCUGCAAUAAUCUUGGCCCUUAUGAUGACUCAGGAAAAAACCGAGAGGCACGGACAAACUCUGUUUUUCCUACAUCAUGAUGAAGUACCACCUUCCCUGCGCCCCAUCAUUACGCUCACUUUAGCUUUUAUGCGUUUGAAUUGAGCAGUAGGACAUCAGCGAGCAUGACCAGUGCUCCAAGAAUGCACAGUACUCAUUUUCAAGAGCAGAUGAUGUUGUCGUAUUAUAGUGUUCUGUCCUGAGAAACAUUUAAUGAACAUUACGAGCUAACACUUGGACUAACUUCAGCCACUUGACAUGGCACAUACCAUAUUUUCUCAAAUCUUGGACGCCCCCCCACCCCCCCCCGAGUUCAGGGUACACGAUUUUGUAAAAAAAAAAAGGUAAACAGGGAUUGGGAGGCAGUAUGUAUAACAGUUCGAAAUGAUGAAGAAUACCAUUUAUUCAUCACCGCUUUCUAUGCCGCUGUUCUUUCUUUGUCGCUAUCCGCCCACAGCUCAUUGUGUUCCUUUCAAAGUUCCGUUAGACAAAUCCUGCUUUGGAAACGCGCGCACGACAACGUCGGCACGUCGCACCAAGCGUGCAAAAUCCACUGCGCUGGCGCAAUUCUUGGCCUCUCCCUGUUGCUUCAGCCAUGUUUCGGACAUUUGCUCCGAUACUUGAAACCGCCCUGCCGCCACUAAAUCAUUGCCGUAUUCAGUGGCAAAAGCGAUAACCUUUCUCCUGCCUAACCUAACUGUAACCUUUCUUCUUUCUGCCUAGACAGGGGUUUUGUCCCUUAUUGCAGGUAAUAUGACCGCCCGACUUUGGAACACGGGAUUUUUGAAAAAUAAAGGUUGUCUUAGAUUCGAGAAAAUACGGUAGUUCAAGUGGGAUAUCAGUGGUGGCCAAACCGUCGUACCUGGACACUAUUUAUUCGCACAUACGGUUUGCGUAAGAGUGACGCCCUACAUCCUAUAUUGUCAGCUCAAGGCAAUGCCAUGUCACAUUAUUUUCACUGACUCGCAGCCUGAUUGGCGUCUUAACGCAGCGUCUCCUUUGUGUCGGACCCCCCAAACCACUUAGAAUCCAUUCGAGGGUGCCCAUUAAGUUACGAUUCAUGUUGACAUAAGUAAGGGGUGUGAAGAAAGAAAAGGAAAAACAAACGAGGCACAGUCAUGAGGGAAAUGAGAAGGUACUAGUAUAUUUCCGCCGCCUUUAGUUUCAUAUAUCGUUCCCCUCAGAGAUGACGUGACAAGCACUCACCAAGACGGUCUUCAGGGUGUCUUCGAUCGUCGCGGACCCCCACGAACACACUCGUGGAUCCCCGGGGGUCUGCAUGCCACACCUUGGGAACCAUUGGUCUAACGAAAGGUCAGAUCCCAAGUCUAGUCAGUAGAUACUACUAAGCGGUGGCACACGUUGUACCGUUGGAUGCGUGUGUGUUCUUUUAGAGCCUUGUGUUAGUAUAUAGGUUUUUAGUUUUCAAAUUUCUAUGCCAGUUUCUUUUAAUUUUGAUUUCCUUCAACAAGUCAGUGAGACAGUGAGUUUACAUCGCAACACGAUCAUGAUCAUGACUGACAUACCACCAUGUGGUGAGUCCCCUGUGUCAGUGUGCACCUGUCAACUUUCUAGAUCAAGAGUCACGUGACCUUUCUUAUAGGCACACAGUACAAGAACACUCUUGUGUUUGGAAUUUGAUGUAGUGACCCAGCUUGCUGGAUUUCUCACCCAAAGGUGUUCGAAUGGUGGUGGUUUCCUGUGGAGUCCAGCACUUGCAUCCAAACUGGAGAUUAACUUAACUUGUUCCAACUCAAUUUCAAUGUCUUCUCUUCGCGAGGGCAGUUAAUCUCUCUUCAGGCAUUCAUUAUCCUUCGUGGGGAGAAAAGCACACAUGAAACAUUCUGUCCUUUUUCUUCACUGAAAUUGGUGGAUUUAACCAGUCUGUUGUCUCUUCAGUUUUUCAGGUAAUUGUUGAGCCUUUCCUGUGUGUCACGGUUCCUGUAUAGGAUUUAGCCACACAGUGUUUGUAAAACUGUAAAGUAUUUACAGUGUCCUUUCCAUAUUGCACCUAGCCUCUUGUGUACAUAUGUGACGCUUAGCAGUGGCAGCUAGUUGGCCUGCAUUUUUGUCACAGAACUUGUUAGCGGAAGACAGAACCAAAUCAGGUACUAUGAUGUGACUUUACGUGCCAAUCAAGCUGCGAGCUGGAAAAAAUUGACGCGUGAAAGUUGUUUGCGGCUGUCAUGUGCGUCAUUUGGCAUUGUCUACUCAAUGUUUAUCCAUGAAAAGACCUAAUCAAUCAUUGAUUGACUAAUUGAGCUUUCACAGACAAACUUAAGGCAAUAUUUAUGUGAACUGGAAGGGUACUCGUGAAAUCAGUCAGUCAGUCAUUGAUUGAUUGAAAAUUUUCAUGAAUCAUUUCCAGUUCACUUAAGUUACCACCUUAUAGUAGAAUGCUGUUUUUCACAUGUUUCACAUGGACAGUUUUGUUUCUGUAGAAUGAAUAAGCCAUGUGCAGUACGCUGCUGUUAACAGGUAACAUAGAUAUGGAGUGUGGUAACAGGGUACCUGUCUGAGAUGGACCAAGAACUACGUCUAAAUUUGAUAGCAAAACACAUGAAACACUAGCAUCUAACUAGCAUUAUACACCAAAUACGUAGUACUGAAGCACCCGGCACAGCGUGGCAUUUCACAUAUUUACAGAUAACUCGUCUGUGCUGGAUUUGGCUCUCUCUCAUCUUUUGCCUGCUGUUAACUAACAAGUCAGAUCUAUUGACACAUUAUUGAUUCAACCCAUUGUUUGAUUAUCGGUUGUGUCGCAUGUAACUGAGUGCAUGCACCGCACAGACUGUGAUAGAUACUGAGGAUGUAUUGAGAGAAGAAUGCAGAGAUGUGUAUGAAGUGCGAUAUUUCUUAUGUUUUACAUAUUUAUUGCUGUACAAAUUUUUUUGUGGAGAAAUAAUACGAACAAUGCCAGUCAACCCUCAACGUGUGAAUUCCCUCGCUUUACAAACGGUUUGUUGCGGAACGAAACACUUCCCACGUGUGUCUUCCUCACUCUAUGAACCCUCGAUACCUGAACAGCGAACACAUUUUGGCUUGCACCGAACCCAGGAAACUUACAAUUUUUUUAUGUUGAUUUAUGAACUCCUAACUCUGGUCGCCCGCAUCGAUAAGCACAGAAGAGCCAAUGGAAGUAACACGAGGUGCAGCAUUAGCAGUUACUCGGGUCGAAACUAUUGGGAGCAUAUACCGACUCGGCAAGUUGAAGCGAGCAAUUCCAGAAAUGUCUGGACAAGGUCAGAUUGAGUUCUUCAUCCUGUACGUGUUGCCACUUUAGAGACGGGACUCCGAAAUGGGAAACCAUGCCAGAUUUCGAGGACAACAAUUGUGUCUCUGUCUCGGGUCAUUGUCUUCUCCUCUGGGAGAAAUCAACGGUGGAAAGUCGAUGCACCAAAGUCUUUUUAUUACGAACUUUUUUUUUUCUGAGUUAAUCGAAGUAGAGGAAUAAAAAUGCACCAAAAUUGUCAUCUCGCGUCGUCAGGAGCCUCUCUCCCUUGAUUAGCGCUCACCCCCUUUCAUGCCUCCUUUCACCCCCUUAUGAAUCCCUCGUUUUGUGAACGAUUUUCGAGGAAACGGUGACUGUUUACAGAUCGAGGGUUGGCUGUACGUAAUGCCUCUUACCUUCGAGGUGCACAGCCUUCGGCUGUUAGUGUGCCUCAACAACAGUAUGGGCUCGUAUGCAUGUGGGCCGUGGCCUAUCAGAAAAGGUUGCGUUGUGCAAGUGAAACAAUACAUGAAACCCCGUGUCAUCGACCUCAGGGGCUCAUAAAUAAUAAAAGACAGUUGCUUUUUAUUAUGAAUUCUGACUAAAGAGCACUAUGCCGUAUCAUUGAAUGUUACAUCUGCAUGUUGUCGUUGAAAAUUAUUGUUGCCCCCUACUGCAGAUGCUAGCCUGCACAAGCACACAGAAGAUGGAUUACGUGUCCCUUGUUUGAUGAGUAGAUGCACAAUAUAUAGCUGUUGCUUAUUUUUACGUUGUUGUUUUAUAUUUUUUUUACUCUAUGCUGAUGUCAUGUAUUUACAAAUAAAUAUUUUGAUCAGUCA